CAGGUCAUAUUGGUUUUGGGCACAGCCCAGUGAAUUAAUAUGACUGCAGUUUCAUAGCAGUGUGAUAUCAGUUCGCUGUGUCUGUCUCCUUAUCUGAAGUACACUUUAGACACAAAUCAAUCAAAUGACUAUCUUUAAGCGAUGAAAGAUACUUGUUUCGUUGUUUUGCUACUUUGCAUCUCAAGUUUCGUCUCAGUACAAGUUGAUGAAUCCAUAGUCGGAGUGAUUGGGGAGCGUGCCAUCCUUCCCUGUGUUUAUAAUGGGGUAAAAAAUUUGACUUUACUCCACAUCUCAUCUGAAUGGAAAAGAGGAAUGGAAAUAGUUCACACUGCAGUCUGGAUCGAGGGAAAAGUGGAGAUGCAAAAUGUGUCCCACAGUAUCCGGACUACUGUGUCAUCUUUGGCUCCAAAAACUGGAGAUUUCUCAGUGGAGUUACAUGAUAUACAUUUAUCAGAUGCACACAAUUACAGUUUUAAUCUUAAGCUUCUUGGUCAAAAUAGAAGCUCUCUGGUUUGCACUGUCUGUCUCUCCAUAGCAGGUCAUUUCAGCCAUCCUACUCUACUGUGGAAUGGAGUGUAUGGUGAAGAAACCAGCUUGCUUUGCAACUCUUUAGGAGGAUUUCCUUCUCCAUCCAUCUACUGGCUUGUCAACCACACGCAGCGUCCUCCAGAAACAUCAGUCACAACAUAUUUGACUACUCUACCUCAGUCUGAACUCUACAACAUUGCAACUAUCCUAUCUAUCAACAUCUCAGCGAACACUGUUGUAUCCUGUGUUAUAGAAAACAAGCUGCUGAAUGAAACUUUAACAGCAACAAACUUUGUUUUUUUGUCAAGGAAGUCGGAGAGACGGCUGUCAGAGCACAUAUGGGUCUUCAGCGCUGCUCUGUGUGUGGUUGUUUCCUUACUGGUGGCUACAUCUCUAUAUUUCCAGAAGAAAUGGGACCGAGAUCAAAAAAGAAAGCAACACAGAUGUGGAGAUGAUUCAUGUUGGGAGGGCACUGACAUGAUCGUGUUUGAUUUGGAGCAAUGGGCUUCCAGUCCUGAGACUGAUGUGUAACAUGGUUUGGAAAGGCAUUCUGGGUUGACACGACUAACUUAUGUCAUUUUUAUUAAUUGUGAUUGACUGGAAGUGAUUCUGUUUCAUUUCAGUGGAUGAAUCAGCUUGAGCCGGUACAGAGUUCUUUUUCGAGGCCACUGAUUUAUACUAUUCUUUCAUUGAAUAACCUCCCUUUUUCCAUACGAUCGGCUAAACAAAAGAACUGCAACUGCAUGCAGUUGCAUAAAGCAAAGAAUAUGAAUGUAUCUAUUUUCAAAAAACAGAGAUAAACAGCUCAGGAACUCUUUCUUAGUAUAGACAAGUUACACAUACACUCACAUCUAACAUUUUUAGACCAUGAUAAAUAUCCACGACAUGCUAUGUUGUUGGGAAAGAGCUCAAAACAACUUUCAUAACUUUACCUAAUUAACCUGAAGUAGUUAGACAGGCUGGAGCACAAAUGCAGAUGAGUUACUGUAUAAGUCAUAUAUAUUACCAUCAUGUCGUUCUCUCUAUUAUCCAUUGAGGGGUGGUGUUGAGACUAAAUAUAAUUAAAAUAUAUUCAGCAGCACUGGAUGUGGCAUAAAGACAAUUUUAACACCAGAUUUUCUUAUAUAAACAUACUUGCCUUUUAAUCGCUGUGUAAUAGUUUCACUAUUGUAUCAAAGUCAUUGUAAAUAAAAGACCUAAGGGAGACAGAAAUCAAAACUGUAUUGUACAUAUACCUGUAAUUACUCUGAGGCUCUAGUUUGUCAAUAAUUAAAAUGUCUUUCUGUGGU